GCAAGUUUAAUAAAAGCUCAAUUUCAAACGGGCGACGUUGCUUUGGCAUCACAAACCUCAUGGUACGUGUGCUCUUCCAAUCCGACAGAUAUAGCAAGCUAUUCCGUGACAACGUACAAUCAGACAGUCACAUCAACACCAAAUUUUGGCAACACAAGAAAUGGCUUUUCCACUCCCGACGUUCCGCCUUGCACACAAAGUUUUGUUUCAGUUGUUGUAGAUCCUACCAAUUUUCCUAUGAUCUUCAACGGACUAACAUUUCUUGCUUGGAUGCACAAUCAUGCACAACAGACUGCUUGGUGUCUUGUUGUAAGCAAUCCCAAUACCGCUGCAAUAUGUCUCAGAAUUUCUUAUACCUUCACUGACCCAACAAAUGCAGCCACUAGUACUCCUACCAAUAAUACUGUUAACGGGGGAGCGAGCCCUACUAGUGGAUCAGGUUCCUACACUACUACAAUAGUGCUUCCUUCUGUAUCUGGAGUUCAGAAAAUUAGUUGGAACAGUAAGGGCAUUUUGGUCAUCGCAUUAGCGUGCGUUGUUGUGAUUCAAAGUUUUAUGGCCUUAAUUUAG